AGAAGUUUCAAAUAACUCCAAUCCCCAAAGUACCCUUUUCCCCUUCUCUCCCUUUUUCUCCAAACUCCGCAAAAACCCUACUUCAACCCAAAACCCACAGCAGCGAUCAGAACUAAAACCCUCCUCCAAAACCCAUCAAUGUCUUCAACACUACUUCGCUCCCGUUUAGCCUCUCUCGCAUCGAAGCGCGGUCGCCGUCUGUUGAGCUCCGACGUCGCUUCAAACCCUCCUAAGGACCCAUUCGUUGCCGCCGAAACCCUCGCUUCCAAUCGCACACCUCCUCCACCGCCACCGCCAAGCGCCGCCGCUGCUAGCGCGUCAACUAGAAAACCCUGGAGCUUUCUCAAGUACUCCCUCAUUGGCGCUCUCACCGGAGCCACCGCUUCUGUUGCUUAUGUCUCCUAUGCUUACUCGAUUGAUGAAAUAGCUGAAAAGACAAAGGCUCUGCGAGAAGCGCGUGCAAGUAUCGAAAUUCCAGAUGAUGCGUCUACUCUUGAUAAAUUCAAAACUAUGCUCUACUCUUCUGCAAUUAUAGUGCCUGCUAAAGCAGCUGAAGCUUACCUUGAUGCUAGGAGGGCAAUUGAAGAACAAGUUCGAGGUUAUACUGAACCAUAUGCGGAAAAGCUUCUUCCAGAUUUGCUUCCCAUGGAGAGAAAUGUUUAUACACUUGUUCUGGAUCUACAGGAGACAUUACUUUACUCUUAUUGGACGAGGGAAAAGGGCUGGCAGACGAUCAAAAGACCUGGAGUUGAUGCUUUCUUAGAGCAUCUUGCUCAGUAUUAUGAAAUCAUCGUAUUUUCGGACUAUUCAAAUAUGUAUGUAGAUCCUGUAAUGGAGAGAUUGGACCCAAAACAUUGUGUAAGAUUCAGGCUAGGAAAGGCUGCCACCAAGUAUCAAGAUGGAGUGCAUUAUAGGGACCUUUCAAAGCUAAAUAGAGAUCCAAGAAAGAUCAUAUAUCUGAGUGCCCAUGCACGAGAAAAUAGCCUACAGCCUGAAAAUGGUGCCGUAAUAAAGCCAUAUAAGUCUGAGCUGGAUGAUACAGCGCUUGUAGAUUUCAUCCCAUUUCUUGAAUUUGUCGCCCGUAACCCUCCAGCAGAUAUCAGACAAGUAUUAGCAUCGUAUGAAGGACAUGAAAUUCCAGCUGAGUUCAUUAGGCGUACUAAGGAGCAUCAGAGGAAAAUGCAAGAACAGAAGCAGCAUGGUCCUCGACUCUGGAGGCGUUGAUGUUGGAGACUGAGUCAGAAUAAUGUAAAAACUAGGAGAUGGUUUCAGGCGUAAUUGGCGAUCUGGUUUUGAAGUACACAGAGUUAGAGAAGUUAUGAAGCCAAUUUCAAAGAUUAAAAAAAAAAAAAAAAUAUUUUGCAGCGUGGAUAAAAUCUGGAACAGUAUAUGUUCAGCUCAGUCUCUCUGGGCUGCUGACACUAUUUCUGGCACCUAAUCUAUUUUUUCUGAACAUCAAAGUUUUAACCAAUAUCAAUUUAAAUUUUCCUGUACCUCGGAAAGAGAUUGGAUGAUGGUAUUGUGCCUCGAGAAUUAUUGGCUGUCA